AUGGGAAAUCAACACUUGAUUCUCUCCCGGCUUCGCGACUUCGAUGAAGCCAUCGGAGACCCGUACCAAUCCUACAAACGCGUUGCAUCUUGCGAGCCCUUGGUGGAUGCACCCGUGGAUGGGAAGCAGCACCCAGACCUCGUCCUACGCCCCGGCAAUCGUCGGGGUUGCUUCGAGCGCCUCUUGGGAUGCAGAGGGAGCCGGCUCUUCUCCAGCGUCAGUUUCAGGGAAGAGCUCUUUCGCAACUUCAUCUUGGACGUCGGGGUCAGCUCGAUCCUUCCUCCGCCACACCUUCUUUCUGGACGCGCCCUCAUGGCAAGAGGCCGUUUCGGAAUGUCAAGCGGGACAGGUUCGACGACGGGGCGAACGAAGGAUGGAGUCCCAAUUUGGGACGGCAAUGCAGCAACGUAUCAGCAGUAUGAGGAGGAAGUGCUUGUGUGGGAACAGGGGAUCAAGUACCACGAGCGCUACCCCUGCGGACCUCGGCUGGCGGCCGAGCUCACAGGCGCCGCUCGCAGGAUGUUUGUGGGCAAGGCACCAGACUGGGUCUCCUUCAACGGGGGCGUAGCCAUCUUCCUUCAGCACCUCCGGGCAAGUUUGGGGAAACCUCAGAUUCCAGAAGCGACUGAAUACCUCAACAAAUACUUCCGGAACAGCAGACGACGCAUGGGAGAAGGGAUCAACGACUACAUCACCCGGAAGACCGAAACCUACUGGCGGGCCUGUCAGGCUCUCCGGCGGGUCAUGCCCAAGGAGAAGAAGCAGCAGUACACCGGCAUGAACAUGGGCUACGCCUGGAACAGUCGGAGAUCUAGUUGGGCCUCCCAGGAGGACACGGAGGCAGCCGCUGAAGCUGAUGUCCGCCAAGAGCAAGCCGAGCGAACAGAAGAGGAGGAGACCAGCACCACAGCCUCGUACCAAUGGAACAACGGAUGGCAAGCUUGGAACUCAUGGAACUACCCGACCGGAUCGUGGGGGUGGCAAGGCAACGGGCCCAGUUGGAACUGGGAAGCAGAAAGCCGUGGCGGAGGAAGUGUUCGGAACGAGAACCACGUCGAGAUCCUGCCGGAGUUCGUCCAAGCUUGGUAUCUCCUCGCGGAUGCUGGGCUGUCGGCCCAAGAGCGCAACCUCAUCCACACAGCGGUGGCGGGCCAAUAUACUCUCGCCCGAGUGAGUCAUGAGCUUCGCACACAACAUGGCGAUGUGGAACACCGACGACGAGACGCGGGGCAUGCCUAUAUCGGGGAGAUCAUGGAAGACGCCGAGGACAUGGACGAGGAACCAGAGCCGACCGCCAACUACAUGGACACCGAGGACCUUACGGAGGAGGGGGCAGCAUUGAUGACGGAGACCCUCGAGGAGAUCCAAGAAGCCUACGCCGUGAUGCAGCAGGCCCGGAGAACCCUCAAGGCAGCUCGGGAACGACAACACCAAGUGAAGAUGUCCAGACAGUACUUUCGGAGUCACACCUCCAAACCCUCGGCGGGAGGCAAAUCCAGCGCCGGAAAGGCGCCCGACGAUUCGAACAUGACGUGCUUGAGAUGUGGCAAGCUGGGCCAUCGGGCAAGGAACUGUCCGAGCCAGGAUGACAAGUCGAGCAGCACGAGUAAGGGCAAGGAGAUGGCGCCCUUCGUGUGUUUUGCGACUGGGGCUACGGAGGAAGCCUUGGCCGCAGGGCCCACCACACAGGAAGCGGUGUCCAGAGGAUGCUGCGUCUUGGAUGGAGGGGCCACAAAGACGUUGGGAUCGGUGCAGGCCAUUGAAUCCCUCUUCGCCAAGAACAUGGAGAAGCAUGGGGAUGCACGGCUCCGCCAGGUGGAUGUGUCGAACAAGCCGAUCUUCGGUUUUGGAAACAGCUCCGAGAACCAGUGUGUGUCGACGAUUCGUCUUGGAGUGCAAGCCAAUGGACACCCUGGCGAGCUCACCGUGCAUGCCUUGGAGACAGGGCAGGGGCCGAUUCUCCUCUCCGUGGAUGCUCUUCGCAAGCUCGGCGCCGUGAUCGACUUCGAGGCAGACCUCGCCGUGUUCAGAGCCUUGGACGAGCGCAAGAUCGUAGAGCUGCAGCGGUCCCAAUCCGGACACCAAUUGUUAGAUUUGUCCGAGGAUAUUUUUGCUAAUGCCCAGGGAACAAACAAACCUGCGGCCCUCCGGGCCUAUGGCGAGGAACCGCCGCAGGAGUGGACGAAGAUGGAUCUUCGCAACCGCAUCUGGGACCUCCAGUGGAGUCGGGGCGAGGCGAACACCACGACCCCCACCAAGACGGACCUCCGCCAGUGGAUCUCGGACUUGAACAAAGCGAGCCGCAAGAAGGCCAGUCUCAUCGAGUUCUGCGAGGAGCGCCUCAAGUUGACCUUGACCCACAACGAGACGAUUCCCGUGCUCCAGCAGAAGGCCAAUCGAGUCAUCUACGAGAUCUCGGUGGCCAAUGGAAAGGAUCCGGUGGGCUUCGGAAAAUGGUCCACUUUGACCUACAGCCAGCUGAGGAAGGAGCAACCUCAGUAUGCGCGGUGGGUACAAGAGACCUUCCUGGAGGACGGCCACUCCAGCGACUAUCGUCUCCAGAGGCUGGCCACAUGGCUGAUGAACCAGAACGACGACCCCGAGGAGACCGUCACGAACCCGAUCCACCCGGUGAUGAUGGGGCCGACCGAGAACGGGAAAUUCGACAAGGGACAUGGGAAAUCGUGCCCCAAACCCAAAGCUGGGUAUGCCAGCGUUCUGCCAGGCUCGGACGCUGUCAAGGGUGCAAGGGAGGAUGUCCCAGCCGAAGGGGCAACCAGCUCCGGAGCCAGUGCUUCGGAUCGCGAGCAGAUGAAGUUGAUGAUGGACACCAUGAUGGCCAUGAAGGAAGAGAUCAAGCAACUACGCCAGGGGCAGGCCGAGAACGAGCUCCCUCGCAAGAAGAAGGAGGGUGUCGAGCCAGCAGAGACGGAGGCCAGCUUCCAGAUGGUGAUGGACCCCUCGAAGCAACUCGCCAGACCUCGGGACCGGAUGCGUGCUGUGGUGACCAGCAACCCGAACACCAGACCGCAUCAGCCAUAUACCGCCGUCAUAAAGGGAUGCCGGGUGAACCUGCGUAACCAGGAGGCCUUGGCACAGGAGACGAAAGGCGAGAGCGAGAAAGAGAGACAGGGCAGCUUACAGAAGAAGCUCUAUCUCCUCCACGCGGCCACCGGACAUGGAAGUAUCCGCCACCUGGUGGAAGCCCUUAAGCGUAGGGGAGCUAGCCCGGAGGUUGUUGAAGCUGCCAGGAAUUUCAAAUGCAGUGUGUGUCAUGAGAGACAACGCGUGGGACCACGGAACUUAGCUUCCCUCGAACCAUUGCCACCUAAGUGGCACACCAUAUCUGCUGAUGUCGGGAAUUGGUAUCAUAAUGGUAGUGGGGAACAUGUGCAGUUUCUUGUGGUCAUUGAUGAAUGCACUCGGUUCAGAACGGCUCGGAUUCUGACCAGAGGCUCGAAGCAGCAGCCGAGCGCGUCAGCCUGUCUGCAGUACCUUCAAGAAGGAUGGGUCCAAUACUUUGGACUGCCCAGGACUCUCCGCCUGGAUCCGGCAGGCGCCUUCCGAAGCCAGGCAAUCGAGAGCUACUGCGACAAACAUGGCAUUUUCCUGGAUGUCGUUCCAGGUGAGGCACACUGGCAAGUGGGCACAGUGGAGCAAGCCGUGCAGGGGAUCAAGCAGCUACUAGAAAAGCUCCACGCUGAUGAUCCCUCCAUUACACCGGAAGAGGCGCUGGCAACAGCGACUCGGACCUUCAACCACCGAGAGCAGGUGCGUGGCUUCACACCAGCACAGAUGGCUCUGGGUCGCAACGCGGAUGAUUCCGACAGCCUGGUGCCGGAACCCCACAAUUUCCCCCCGGAUCUGCUCAUGGAGAAUGCCACAGGUGAGUUUCGCCGAGAUGUGGAGCGACGAGCGAGCGCCGAAAAAGCACAUGCCGAAUGGCACGCACAACAAAGGCUCCUUCGGGCACAACAUUCUCGGCCUCGGAGAGUUCUGGACUACAAACCGGGGGAGCUUGUGUACUUCUGGAGAUGUCAAGAGUCCAACAAACAUCGCCGUGCACCAGGAGGGAAGCAUGGCCGAUUCCUGGGACCCGCACGGGUGUUGGCAACCGAAACCCGGAAAGAUCAAGACGGGCAUCUUCGACCCGGCAGUGCGGUAUGGUGUGUACGAGGCCGACAACUGAUCAAAUGCUGUCCAGAACAACUACGACAUGCCUCUGAGAGAGAAGAAAUCAUCGAAGAGCUUAGUGUAGAGGACAGGACUCCCUGGACAUUCACAAAGGUGGCGGAAGAGAUUGGAGGCAACCAGUAUGAAGAUUGUACCGAAGUGCCAGAGGCCAUGGAGUGGGAACGCGCUCAGGACCCUCUGGAAGAAGCACCACCAACUCGGCGACGCCUCCAUGGAAAACGACCGGCGCCUCCAUCGAGAAACAUAGAGGACGAAGAGGGCAUCCCUGCUGAUGUGCCAGGAGGACGACCUCGACCACGAAUGAACAACCAGGAGGCCCACCAAGCAGACAACGCCUGGUGGACUGAAGUGGCUCACCUUGCUCAGAAUACACAACCCGUUGAGUUCUGGAUGCAUCAAGACACCGCUGUGGAGGUGAACAUCGAUCUGCCGGAGACCGAUCGCGGACUCAAACAGGCGGCUAAGAACUUCGAGGCUUACUUCGUGGGCGCGCUCAAACGCAGGGCGGUGGAAGUAUGUGAGCGGAAACUAAAUCCAGAAGAUAAGGAAAAGUUCCGUGCGGCGAAGUCGAUCGAGGUGAAGAACUUUAUCGCAGCCGAGGCUUUCAAGAGUCUGCCCAAGGAGUUACAGCCUUCUGCAAACCAGGCCAUAGGGAUGCGGUGGAUUUUAACCUGGAAGAACCGAGAGGAUGGGACUCGAAAGGCCAAGGCACGGGCCGUGUUGUUGGGCUACCAGGAUCCCUCCUACGAACACAGAGCCACAACAUCACCAGUCAUGACAAGGCAAACCCGGCAGAUGUUCUUGCAAUACGCGGCGUGGAAAAGAUGGAAAGUGAAAAAGGGGGAUGUGUCGGGGGCAUUCUUACAAGGCAGGGAGUAUCCUGACACACUACAUUGUGUGCCUUGCCCGGAAAUCCUUGAGGCCAUGGGCUUACCGGCGGGGAGUGUGACACAACUCCGACGCGCUUGCUACGGGCUUGUAGACGCCCCGCUCGAGUGGUAUCGAUCAGUCGACACCUACUUGCAAAGCUUGGGGUUCACCCGGGCUUGGUCGGAUCCGUGUCUCUGGCUAUAUCGACCUCACGGCAAACUACAAGGUGCUGUUUCAGGACAUGUAGACGAUUUUCUGUUUAUGGGAGACGACGAGGACAAAGAGUGGUCCGGGAUCCUGGACAACAUCCAGAAGAAGUUCAAGUGGGGAGAUUGGGAAGAAGGUAGUUUUACACAAUGUGGGGUCAAGGUGGCCGUCCACGAGAAUGGAUACACCCUGUCCCAGCCGGACUACACGAAGGAGCUGAAGGAAAUUCCCCUGAGUGCGACAAGAAGAAGAGAAGAAAAGGAACCAGUGACAAGCUGGGAAAAGACCCAGCUUCGAAUGCUGUUGGGUGGUCUUUCAUGGCAUGCGCAGCAGGUGGCUCCACAUUUCUCCGCUGAAGUAUCCAUCCUGCUGUCUGAGACAAGCCAAGGAACAGUAGGUACCAUCCUGCGAGCCAACCAACUUCUACGACAAGCACACCUCCGACAUGAUCAUAAGAUGUUCAUCCACAAGUUCACACCGUCCACAGAUCUUGGGCUCUACGCGUGGGUGGAUGCAGGGAGCCAAAACCGGGUCCAGGGAGGCAGUACCCAGGGCAUCUUCAUCGGGAUGGCUCCCGUCGCUUUAAGCAAAGGCGAAGUCACAGAUGUGUCACCAAUGAGUUGGCAUUCCAGCAAAAUAGACAGAGCGUGCAGGUCUCCGGGAGCAGCAGAAGUACAGGCAGCUACCAAUGGCGAGGAUGCUCUGUAUUAUGCCCGCUACCCAUGGUCCGAGUUUGUAUACGGCAAUGUGGACGUGCGUGAUCCAGAUGGGGCAGUUCGACGGGUACCCGGACACCUCAUCACGGAUUCCCGCAAUGUGUACGACAAGUUGAUGACCGAGGUGAUUGUGAUCAAGGGAGCGGAAAAGCGGGCGAACAUUGAGCUCCUCAGUGUGAAGGAAGCACAAGCCAGCACAGAGCUCCAGAUACGCUGGGUUCACUCAGAAGCACAGUUGGCCAAUGGACUAACCAAACAAGGUCCUUCGCGCGAGUUCGAACUCUACUACCGGAUGCAGAGCAAGUGGCGCAUUGUGGAAGAUGAGCAGAUGAUGUCCGCUCGAAGACGCAAACAACAAGGGCUACAACCUCUACAGAUGGAAUCUGAGAAUAAUUAA